CUGCCCAGCCAUCGGAAACCGGCAGCGAAAGAAAGAAAGAAGCCGAGCCAGCACAGGAAAACGGGUUAGCCUUGAGUUGAGUUUGGUCGUUGCAGCCGGAAGCCGCGAGUGAGUGAGACUGGGAGGGCUCGAACUGGACUGAGGGGCACCGGGAGGCGUCGGACUGAUCAGUUUCACACGGUAGCAGCGAUCUGGAGUGAAACCGACGCCCGGGCCGCGGGAUGUCUGAGAUUCAAACGGGCUGAGACGGGCCGAGCGGCUUUCGCAAGGCGGGCUGGAGUGGAGCGCCUGGACCUGGAGUCCGGUGCCGGGCUGAAGGAACCAUCAGUGGGGCCGGUUGAUGGAGGUGUGCCCUAAGCGUCGUGUGGAAUGGUGAGGGACAACCCUGUGACCGUCGAGGCACCAUGAGUAUUAAGGUUGCACACGGAUCAGACAAUCAAGAGGGCAAGAUCUACACCCUUCAGAUCUGCCCGAGCCUGUACGCUGAGAACUCGAUGUGCUGCUGUCUGCCAGCGACCAAGGAUGUGACGGCAGACGAGGUGAUCCGUGAGCUGACUGGCAAGCUGAACCUCGACACCUCCAAGCGCUACGUGCUGGCAGAGGUGAAGGAGUCCGGGGGCGAGGAGUGGAUCCUCGAUGCCAAUGACCUGCCAGUCCAACGGGUGCUGCUGUGGCCCCGGAGGGCACAGGAAAAGCACUCACAGAGCGAAGGCUACUAUUUCCUCCUCCAGGAGAGGAACCACGACGGCACCAUCCGCUACCUCAACCUGCAGCUCGUGGCCAAAGAGUGGGAGAAGCACAGUCUGGUGGAGCGUGGGUUCCUGCCACCAGAGCCCCAUGUGUACAAUGACCUGUGCAAGCUGCCGACCCUGACCGAGGAGACCAUCCUCCAAACCUUCAAGACCCGCUUCCUGAAACACAAGAUCUACACAUACGCCGGCAGCAUCCUCAUCGCCAUCAACCCCUUCAAGUUUCUGCCUAUUUAUAACCCCAAGUACGUGAAGAUGUACGAGAACCACCAACUGGGCAAGCUGGAGCCUCAUAUCUUUGCCGUAGCUGACGUUGCCUAUCACACCAUGCUGAAGAAGCAGGUGAACCAGUGUAUCGUGAUCUCUGGGGAGAGUGGCUCCGGCAAAACGCAAAGCACCAACUUUCUCAUCCACUGCCUGACUGCCCUCAGUCAGAAGGGCUACGCUAGUGGUGUUGAGAGAACCAUCCUGGGCGCUGGACCAGUACUGGAGGCCUUUGGAAAUGCAAAAACUGCCCACAACAACAACUCGAGCAGGUUCGGCAAAUUCAUCCAGGUCAAUUACUUGGAAAAUGGACUAGUCCGAGGGGCUGUUGUGGAGAAAUAUCUCUUGGAGAAAUCCCGUCUGGUGUCGCAGGAGGCUGAUGAGAGGAACUACCACGUCUUCUAUUACCUGUUGAUGGGGGCCAGUGAGGAGGAGCGCAGAGACUUCCAGCUGCAGCCACCGGAACAUUAUCACUACCUCAACCAGAAGGAAAACUUUUGUAUCGACGACGGCGAGGACCUGAAGCAUGAGUUUGAACGUUUGAAGCAGGCCAUGGAGAUGGUGGGCUUCCUCCAUGCCACCAAGAAUCAGAUAUUUUUUGUGCUCUCUGCAAUCCUCUAUCUGGGGAAUGUUGUCUACACAAAGAAAGCAACCGGAAGAGAGGAGGGUUUGGAAGUGGGACCUCCCGAGGUGCUGGACACCCUGUCGGAGCUGCUGAAGGUGAAACGGGAUAUGUUGGUCGAGGCAUUAACAAAGAGGAAGACGGUGACAGUUGGCGAGAAGUUGAUUUUGCCAUAUAGCCUCAAUGAGGCUGUGACCACACGAGACUCCAUGGCCAAAUCUCUCUACACUGCACUUUUCGAUUGGAUUGUUCUCCGGAUAAAUCAUGCUCUCCUCAAUAAAAAGGACAUGGAGGAGUCUGUUAUGUGUCUGUCGAUCGGAGUCCUGGAUAUUUUUGGUUUUGAGGAUUUUCCAAACAACAGUUUUGAGCAGUUUUGCAUAAAUUAUGCAAAUGAGCAGCUGCAGUAUUACUUCAACCAGCACAUCUUCAAACUGGAGCAGGAGGAAUAUCAGAGCGAAGGCAUCAGCUGGCACAACAUUGAUUACACCGACAACGUGGGCUGCAUCCACCUCAUCAGCAAGAAGCCAACAGGACUCUUUCACCUCCUAGACGAGGAAAGCAACUUUCCCCAUGCCACCAAUCAGACCCUACUGGCCAAGUUAAAGCAGCAGCACGAGGACAAUCGAUACUUCGUGGGGACACCAGUGAUGGAGCCUGCCUUCAUCAUCCAGCACUUCGCUGGCAGAGUCAAGUACCAGAUCAAGGACUUUCGGGAGAAGAAUACGGAUUACAUGCGACCGGAUAUCGUGGCGCUCCUGAGGGGUAGUGACAGUGCUUUCAUCCGUGAAUUAAUUGGGAUGGAUCCCGUGUCUGUGUUCCGCUGGGCCACCCUUCGGGCUGCGAUCCGAGCUGCAGCUGCAUUCAACCAGGCUGCACGACAGCGGGCAAAGAAAACCACAAUGGGGUUAAUACGCACUGCGCCCCGCAUUCCACUCAGCGAGAUGCAACGACCAAACACUCCAAUAGAAAAGGUCUACCGCAGAUCUGUGCUCGAUUUCUCAUUUGAAAGUACUUGUGAAGAUUUCAAUGUUGAGUCCUUUGAAGACAUCUUUGCUCAUUACAACAGCAAGAAUGACUUGCAUGCCCAGGUGAUGAACAGUAUUCGGGGAUGGGCUCAGUACAUUGACGACCCUCACGGCCACCCCAAAGCACUGAGACGCCUUGAGCGACCCCACAGCCACUUUUUGAAAAAUAAAGGUUUGAAACAGAAGCUGGUAAUUCCCAAGAACCUCAUUGACUCGAGCUCCUUAAAGCACAUCGUGGGCAUGACGCUCCAUGAUCGCACCACCAAAUCCCUGCUGCACCUACACAAGAAGAAGAAACCGCCCAGUAUCAGUGCACAGUUCCAGGCCUCUCUGAAUAAACUGAUGGAAGCUCUGGGCAAAGCUGAGCCUUUCUUCAUUCGAUGUAUUCGCUCAAAUGCCAAAAAGUUGGAGCUCUGUUUCGAUGAUGACCUCGUACUGCAGCAGCUGAAGUACACGGGAAUGCUGGAGACAGUCCGGAUCCGGCGCUCCGGAUACAGUGCCAAAUAUACCUUCCAGGAAUUCAAGGACCAGUUCCAGGUACUGCUCCCCAGGAAUGCAGAGCCACUGCAGGAAGCUAUUGCUGCCUUGUUCAACAGGCUGGAGUUGGACACGAAUAACUGUCAAAUUGGGAAAACCAAGGUUUUUAUGAAGGAGUCUGAACGUCAGAAGCUUCAGGACAUCUUGCACCGGGAAGUGAUGCGGAAGAUCCUGCUCCUGCAGAACCAUUUUCGUGCUGUCCUGGAAAGGAGGCAGUUUUUGAGGAUGAGGAAGGCAGCAAUUGUUAUCCAGGCCCACUGGCGAUCUUACCUGACUCACUUGGCCCUGCGGCGGCUGAGUGCAGCGAGUGUGAUCCAGCUGGCGUGGCGAGGUUACAUGCAAAGAUGUGCAUAUCUGAAGCAAGUCCGUGCAAUCACGUUGUGCCAGGCUGUGUGUCGCGGCAACCUGGCACGCAAAAGGGUCCGUCUACUACGGCAGGUACAACAGAGUGUGCAAGAGCAUGGGGAGAGUGCAAUACAGGCUGAAGAGAGGGAACAAGCUUCCAACCAGUUACAGUCCACAGCCGACCAAGACACUAAGGGGCCAUCACAGGUUGAGAUCUGUCCAGAACCAUUGACCUCCAUGGAUACUGUUGGCCCAGAAGAGUCACCGAAACCUCAGGAGAACGUGACUGUCCCACCACAGAAAGCACAACCAGAGGGCGGGGAGAGGUCAAACUCCCGCGAGAAACGCGAGAGUCGGCGGAUGCGAGGCUUGGAACACGAUAAGCUCCAGCGCCAGCUGGCAUCGCCCACCCCUCAGGACAAUCCCACCGCUUCUCCUACAUUCCAGCAGAUCGUUGAGACCCGGGAGAUUAUAGAAAGGAUGGUGCAGAGUGCCAGUGUGCUGGGCAAGGGGCAGCAGGACAGUCUCCAGCCUUUGGGAGAGGAGCGACCAAUACCUGUGGUGCCAGCUGAUGCUCCGUUAGAUCGGUCGGACAAUGGAGACCCCAACAAGCAGCUGGACACGGGCUUGGCCAAUGAUGGUGAAGUGGGGAAAGGAGCAAGUGAGCAGGGUGAAAGCAAGCAGCCACCAGCUGCACUGCAGCGACCAAAGUCUCUGCAACUUGACACUGGUGAGACUGUACUGCCCAACGAUGCUUCAGCAGAAGCUGCCCAGGCCAAUGGCAAUGAGGAACAGAGCAGGCAUGCACCUAAGAAAGUUCCGGAUAGUCCUGGAUCCCUGUCGGGUGCCAUUCACCGUUAUCACGACCACAGGAAGCUGAGGAAUAAGGCAGAGAAGUGGAAAGACAGGCGUAACUAUGAGAUGACCAGUCCAACGGCAGAGAAGAAGGAAAACCAGUCUCCAGUAAAAAGCACAAAGAACAAAGAGUUUUUGCUUCCUCAGGAGGAGGGUUUGUCGCCAAACUUGCCCUCUCCUACAGGGAUUGUAACUGAGGUUCCAUUGAAGGAGACUCUGAAUGGAUCACGGGAUGGUGAAAGAACACCAACAAAGCCAGCAGUGCAGAAGAAGACAUCCCAAGAGUUGGAUCCCAACCAGCCCCUUGAAUCUCCCAAGUCCCAGUUUCGCGGUCCGUUACGGAGGCUCUUGGGAAAGCGGCAAGCUGACAAAAAGCUGUCCAAGGAGGCACCAGCAACGCUGGAGGGUGUUGUUCUCACUUUGACCCAUGAUGCAAUGAAGAACUUCGGUGACAAACCAGAGGUGGGGAAAUCUGCCACUCUGCCGAUGGCUCAUUCCACCCAACACCCGUACAUGGACUCGGCCAAAGAACAGACCACUAAGGUCAAGCGGAGUCGUAGCAUCAAAAUCAGCAACGCCACCACUGCGUCUGAGCAAUGGGGUGCGCACGUGGGCCGUAAAAUCACCAAUGCCAAUGAGCUAAAACAUCUGGACGAAUUCCUGCUGAACAAGGUAAAUGACCUCAGCUCUCGAGUUUCCCAGGAAUCGAACAUUGAGACCUUAUUCAUCAAUGUGACCGAGAAGUUCCGACACACCCUCAAAAGCAUGUACCCUGUCCAUAAUGGACAAACCUACGUGGGCUACAGGGACUUGAUGCAGAAUUACCAGAUGCUCCUGGCCAGGGUGGUGGGCGAGAGGCAGAAGACUGAGGUUCAGUUUGUGCUAAACCUCUUCCAGUCGCUCCUGGACGAGUUUGCCCGAGGCUAUUCCAGGAAGGAGGAGAUGGAGGCACUGAAACCAACAAAAUCCCAGAAGAAGAGGCGGAAACGCAAUCGAAUUAAGGAGGAGGUUUUUGGGCACCUGUUCCGCAAUUACCAGGUCAACAUCCGGCAGUCGUGUGAGCAGUGUUCGUCCUACAUCUGGCCCAUGGAGAAGGCCUUGCUCUGCUGCUCCUGCAAGAUGACUUGUCACAAGAGGUGCUUGACGAAAAUUCAACAUUCCUGUCAAUCGGGCUGUAACAAGAACGAUGCAGAUGUGGUCUCGCGACAUUUUGGGGUGCAGGUUUGUGCACUGACGGACGAGAACCAGACGCUGCCCGUGGUGAUGGAGAAGCUGUUGGAAUACGUGGAAAUGCAUGGGCUGUUCACAGAGGGAAUUUACCGCAAGUCAGGCGCAGCCAACAAGAUGAAGGAAUUACGGCAGCAGCUGGAAGAGGACCCAGGUUCAGUUCAUCUGGAGAAGUAUCACAUUCAUGCCAUUACAGGGGUGCUUAAACUGUGGCUCCGGGAACUUCCAGUUCCACUAAUGACCUUUGUCCUGUAUGGUGACUUCUUGCGUGCUAUUGAACACCCGGGGAGGCAAGAGCAGAUCCAAGCAGUUUACAGUGUCCUUGAGCAACUGCCCGGCCACAUCUUCCACACUCUUGAACGCCUCAUCUUCCACCUGGUCAAGGUAGCAGUGUUGGAAGAGAUGAAUCGAAUGUCUCCCAAUGCUCUAGCGAUUGUCUUUGCUCCAUGUAUCCUUCGGUCUCCGGACAGCUCUGACCCACUGAUGAGCAUGAAAGAUGUCUCCAAGACGACCAUGUGCGUGGAGCUGCUUAUCACUGAGCAGAUGCGUAAAUACAAAAUGAAAAUGGAUGAAAUCACCCAACUGGAGACAGCAGAGCAGCUUGCAGUCCGUCGCCUCUCACUCCUACGUCUUUGGCCUCUUGAAGUCGGGUUUUCUGCUCCGUAUGACGGGGUACUGAGCAAAGGGCCUAGGACCCCAAAAUCCACUGAGGAGCAUCCUCCAAAUUUGGUAAGCUUGGAAGAGGAGGAACCAUCCGACACUGACAUGGAACAUGAGGAGGAAAUCCUGAUGGAGCAGAUCCAGUCAAUAAAGGAGGAGAGGGAUCAGCUGACACUUGAGCUCCCACAACUGGAACAGAGAGGCUCUGAUGAGGAAAACAUGGAUUCAGAGGCUUCCUUGAGUAUGGAGAGCCUUCUCGAUGAUCGACCAGCACAAGCGGAGUCCGGAGGUUCUGCAGUGUUCCAGUUCACAGGACGACGCGAGCCUCCACCUGCCAUUGCAGAGAGCAUCAGCCCCCCACCUAAACCUGUGUUGUUGCCAGCUCGUCCUCCUGUCGCGCAGCGACGGGCAUUCUCCAUGCUCGCCAGCAUCAAGUUGCCCCGUCGGAAAGCCGUGCUGCCCACACGGAACAUCAAACUUCCCCCUGGCAUUGUCAGUGCUGUGGGCGGUGCCCCCGCAAGUCCUGAUACUGCAGACGGGGAGUCCCACCCACUGGCAGUCACUAUGCGACGCCGCAACCUCCCCUCCCGGCGAUCUGACAAUAUCCAUUCCAUGUACGUCGCUGUGCAGGACCUCCUACCGCUACCAAACGCUGGUCACCCUGAUGAGACCAAACCCACCCCAGCCAAGGUCCAGAGGAGGUUUUCUGACCCGCUAUCUGACCUACCCCAUGGAGAUGACGAAUCCGCCCUGUAACAUUCCCCAUCAUCUAUUGGAGAAGGCAGUGGAUCAUCCUCAUUUACAUACUUACCUCGCUGAGCCAGUUUAAACUACUUUCUCUCGGCUUUAUGCCCUGGAGCCAAGGGGGAGUAGUGACUGCUCGGGACCAAGAGUGAAAGAGAGUGGAACUGAAUGUGAAGAGUGAAUGAGUGAUGCCUGGGGCUGAAAGUGAUCAACAGGAGAAUGAGUGAAUGACCGUGCCGGCCAACUGUCUGAGUGACUGCCUGAGAGUAACCUUCUCUGACACUUUGCUCUGUUAAUACAUUCCCCCUGUCUGAUCAAGGGGUUACUUUCUCAGUUGCACUGUGGGGUCCUGCCUGGUAUGUUGAGAAGGUCUGUCUUCUUCCCCUGCCCACCUGUAACCAUUUUGCCCACCUGUGAAAAAGUACAGUUUUUAUAUAAAUAAAUGUUGUCCUUAUU